AAUCCAUCCUUCCGCACCGCAACGCAGCGCGCUCGCGUCAAGUCGAGUCGUACGAGCAGAGCCCGCAGGAUCCACACACACACAGACACUCCCCCGCAGGAUUAUGGGACGUCUCCAUGUCCUGGCAGCAGCGCUGCCGCUGCUCCUGAUUGCGGCGGCAUCCGCUGAUUCAGUAUCCAGCCAGCUGCUCACCGGCCACUCCACGCCCAUGGACAGCAGCAUGGCCCAUCAGUUCUUUGUCCUGGGCGCCGAUCAGGCCAUCCUUGCCAAUGCCACCCAAGGGUCGCGCAGCCGUCGCGACGCCACAGCCACCAGCGAGUACGAGGAUCGUGUCUACAAUGACGAUCUGUGCGAACGGGAUGUGAUCCGCAUCCGGGAUGCCAUCGACAACACAGAGGAAUGGGCACUCGAAUUUCCCGACACUUGGGGCCGCCUGCCCAUGGGCUUCUUCUGGGGCCACUCGAUCAGCAUGGGACAGUACGAGGAGUGUGUGGCAGCCACCAGCACCUACGGGGACGAGAUCCGCGGACAGUACUGCCUGGCCAGCCUGAACAUUACCCUCUUCUACAAGGAUGUCAAGAAGCGUGGCGAAGAGUUCAAAGCGUCUCGCAUCAGCUACAGGCAGACCGAUCCCCAGGUCUUUGAGCUUGGCAUCUGCGUGCCCAGCACCUGCAGCCCCGCAAAAACGGAGACUCUGCUCAAGAACGUGAUCACGCACUUCUAUGGCAACGAUGUGGUUGAUUUUUCAUACAACAUGGUCACCGAAGCCCGAUGCAAGUACGAUGCACCCAUCCAGCUGCGCGGAAUUGAUAUAUUUGCCAUCAUCUUCUUCUCGCUGAUUGUGUUCUUUAUGGUUGCCAGCAGUGUCUACGACUACGUGCAGACACGCAAAAAGGCUCCCAAGAAGCCGCUGCUGAUUGCGUUCUCGGUGCUGCACAAUGCGCCCAAGAUCUUUACGGUGCGGCAGGUGAACAACCCGAAUGUGAUCCACUGCCUGAACGGUCUGCGCUGCUUCAGCAUGAUGUGGGUGGUGUUCGGGCACGGCUACAUGACCUUCUACGACCUGCCGCACAUCAAUCGGAACAAGUUCUACACGUGGGUGGAGACACCCUACUCGAUGCUCGUUCAGAACGGCUCCCUCUGCGUGGACACGUUCUUCUUCAUGUCCGGCCUGCUGAUGUGCUGGGGCGCCUUCCGUGAGCUGGAGCGCACCAAGGGCAAGCUGAACAUACCCAUGAUGUACUUCCAUCGCUACAUUCGCCUCACACCCGUGGUGGCCGUGGUGGUGCUCUACAUUAUGUCGCUGUACAAGUACUCCGGCGAGGGCCCGAUGUGGUUCAAGCUGGGCACCCAGGACAAGCGCUGCGAGGACUCCUGGUGGGCCACGCUCCUCUACAUUCAGAACUAUGCCUAUCCCUAUCACAUUUGCGUGUCACAAUCCUGGUAUCUGGCCGUCGAUACGCAGCUGUACUUCCUGUCGCCGCUAUUCCUCAUUCCGCUGUGGAAGUGGGGCAAGAAGGCGCUCAUACCCAUCUCGAUCUUUGGUCUGAUUUGCCUGGGCGGCACCUUUGCCACCUUCAUGGUAAAGGACUUUACGCUCUUCCGCGUGCAGGACGAGCACGUGGAUCUGCGCCAAAAGAUGACCUACUAUCCGACGCACACGCGCAUUCCCACGUGGCUGAUUGGCGUCAUCUUCGGCUACUUCCUGUUCACGCGCAACCGCGGACGCCAGAUCCCGCUGGCCAAGACCUGGGUGGUCAUUGGCUGGACAGUGGCUUUCGGCACCAUGCUGGCCGAUCUGUGGGGCCCCUACUGGCGCAUCCUGCCCGACACCCCCGACUCGCCGCUCAUCGAGGGCGCCUUCUUCGAGCCCCUCAGCCGCACCUCGUGGGCCCUGUCCAUCGGCUGGAUCGUGUGGGCCUGCUACAACGGCCAUGGCGGCCUCAUCAACGACUUCCUCUCCUGGAGCUUCUUCACCGGCUUCAGCCGUCUCACCUACUGCAUGUACGUCAUCCAUCGCAUUGUCCAGCUGGUGAACGCUGCCCGCCUCCAGACCGACACUCACUUCUCCAACUACGAUGCGAUCCUCCGCUGGUGGCAUGACUUUGGCAUUACCCUGACCGCCUCCAUAUUCGCGACACUGGCCUUUGAGGCACCCAUUCUGGGCAUCGAGAAGGCCAUCUUUGGUGGCUCCAAGCCGGCGCCCAAGAAGCCCUCGCCCGGCGAUCUAGCCAAGAGUGCGCCCACAGAGGUCAAGGAGGCCGAGCAGCCUGUUGCUGCUGCCCCUGCCACAGUGGAGACUCAGGCGGAGAUCACGCCCUCGCCCGGCAGCACCGCCGAGGAGCCAUCAAAGGUUUAGGCUCUAGACCUACGGUGAACACGAACAGCUAAACCUA